CUGUCUCGUCAAUAUUUUAAACCUCCGUACCCCUCAAUCCUCACUUCCCCACCAUUACCAACACGUUUGACUCUCUCAAGUUGACCACUUUGUGCUUUCUAUUCCUCACUCAACACAGUGUUUUGCUUUUAUCAAUCUAAUCAUGGAGACGCUAGAACCUCAUACAGUCUCCCUCCUCAAUGUCCCGUCUAAACAAGCCCCGGCCGAACCCCGCACAGUUGUAACAGAAUGGGUGGACCAAUUCCGCGCGUCCCUGGCGCAGGGGAAUGUGUCCGAUCUACAACGGCUCCUCCACAAAGAUGCAUGGCUGCGCGAUAUGGUCGUUCUCUCGUGGGACCUCCGCACCCUCCACGGUGCUGACAGCGUAGCCGCCUAUUUCCAAGAGAACCUAGCGAGAGCAAAGUUCGAAAAGCUUCAAGUUAGGGACUCUGGGCGGUUCGCACCGGCGUUUAAAACAGCUGCGCCGGGAUUACAAUGGAUUGAGACUAUUUUUGAUUUUGAAACGGAGACGGUGAAGGGUGCUGGAGUGCUUAGGCUUGUCCAGGAUAGCGAUGAUGCUUGGAAAGCGUACAUGCUCAGUUUCACACUGCAGGGGUUACAGGGGCAUGAAGAAAUGUGUGGCCGCAAUCGCCGUGAUGAAGGUUCUAAUGCAAUAGCUGAUAAUCCACAUGGGGAGACAUGGCUAGAAAAGAGGGCGAGGGAGAGGAGCUUCAAAGAUAGUGAGCCCACUGUACUAGUCAUUGGAGCAGGGCAGGCAGGGCUCAUGAUCGGUGCCAGGCUGGGCCAACUAGGCAUCCCGACCCUGAUCGUUGAGCGUAACGCCAGGAUUGGCGAUAACUGGCGCAAGCGAUACAAGACCCUGGUCACCCAUGAUCCGGUCCAUUAUUGUCAAAUGCCAUAUCUUCCAUUCCCAUCCUCUUGGCCCCUGUAUACCCCCAAGGACAAGCUAGCAGACUGGUUCGAAGCAUACGCUAGCGCCAUGGAACUCAAUGUAUGGACAAACACAGACAUUGAAAGCAGCGAAUACGACGAAAGCUCAAAGACGUGGUCCGUAACUGUGCGUUCGAAUGAUAGUACUUCACGCACCGUACAUCCACAUCAUGUCGUCCUAGCCACCGGUCACUCAGGGGAGCCGCUAGUGCCCAAUGUCCCCGGAAGAGAGCAGUUCCAGGGCGAAAUAUAUCAUAGCUCGCAACACAAGCACGCCUCUGAUCAUGAGGGUAAGAAGGGUAAGAAGGUCGUCGUCGUCGGUACUGGGAACAGCGGCCAUGACAUUGCGCAAGACUUCUACGAGAACGGCGCGGACGUAACCAUGCUCCAGCGCCGCGGGACCUUCGUGAUCACGCAGAAACACGGAGUAGCUGCGCUUAUGACCGGUAUGUAUGAUGAAACCGGCCCAGCCACCGACGAGGCGGACACCUAUGUGCAAAGCAUGCCUAUACCCGUUCAACUCGCCUGCCACGUGUUUGCAAUGAAGAUGCUUAGCGAGGGUCCGGAAAAGGCAAUGCAAGAAGGUCUAAGGAGGGCAGGUUUUAAGCUCGAUGCUUGCCGUGAUGGAGCGGGAAUUUUUCGGAAAUAUCUCACUCGUGGAGGUGGGUAUUACAUCGAUGUCGGCUGUAGUCAAUUGAUUGUCGAUGGUAAGAUAAAGGUUAGGCAGAGUGGGGGAGGGAUUGAACGGUUUGAGCCUGAUGGCCUUGUGCUCGCUGACGGAAAGGGGACGAAGCUUGCUGCUGAUAUCGUGUUGUUGGCCACCGGGUAUGAUAAUAUGAAAAGCACUGCGAGGAAGAUUAUGGGGGAUAAAGUUGCUGAUAGGCUGUAUCCCGCAUGGGAUUUGGAUGACGAGGGGGAGCUUAAUGCGAUAUGGCGUUACAGCGGCCAUUCUAACUUCUGGUAUAUGGGCGGGAAUCUGGCUCUAUGCCGCCUGUUUUCCCGACUGCUAGCGUUGCAGAUUCUGGCAGUGGAGGAAGGAUUAUAUGUCCUCCCGAAGAGUAAGAAGUAGCUUGGGAUAAAAUAAGACAUGCGCCGAAUAGAAGCAAUAAUAUGAGGAAGGGCCUGGGCUUCGUUGCUUCAUGUUAUAUAGAGAAACUCUUCAUCCACACCUGCGUGCUCGAGAAAGUAUCUGCCAAGUCUGCCAAACGCGGUGGGUGAUUUGCGGAGCGAAGCGAAGCAAUAUGUUAGGUGCUUACUUUUCAUAGAAUAUCAGCAAGUAUCUCUAAGCUCACUGAUCUUAC